AGCUAUGAGUACAGCAGACACAACGCUGUCAAUUUCGACCAAAAUGGCCCCAGGGCCGGAACAUCGUCAAGAACCGGUAGCACCCGAUAAAGCUGCUGAAACCAAUCGUAGUGAAAUCUCGAACGAAAGAGAUACAGAAAAUUUAGUCGUAAGCGUGGAGACUAUUAGUAACCAGAGUUCAAGUGCAGAGAGUGCUUUGACGAACACUGAUACUAAUUUAGAUCCUACGAGCCAAAGUGCACCGACUUCUGUCACCUCUGAUAAUAAACAGGAAGAACCAGCUACUUUGUCCACAUUAAAUGAGGGUGAAUUACGUGCACUGUUAGAUGAAGCUAUAACAUAUAAGUGUCCCAAAGAUCGCGAAGGAAAAUCCAGUCUUUUUAAAGAACUUCUGCAGGAAGCAGAAGCCGACGAGACCGAAGAAGGACGUAGGAUAAUAACUAAUUCACGCUGUCUACCUGGAUCAAAUCGUAGAAGACAUAAAAGAGACUCUGUAUCCGAAAGACUUACACACGGAGGAUCAUUACAAAAUUUGGCCCAACCGAUUGCUUCAGAAUUUGAUAGUAGUUUUGCUUAUUUGACAUCUGGUUCGAGCCAUACUUACGGAGGAAGUAGAAGAAAAAAUAAAAAAUAUACAGGACCCAGUGUAUCUGCUAGGCAAAGAGAAGGCGGUUCGUUACCUUCGAACGUAAAUGCAUCCCACAGUCUUGCUUCGUUGGCUAAUUUAGACUUAUUGUUUGAUAAAAAGAAGGGUUUCUGCGAGGAAAGGACAGUAUACGACUGGACCAAUAAAGAAAAAUCCAAAUCUUUAGACAAACCAUCGUACAGUAGCACAAAGAAGGACGAGAAGGAGAAAGAUAAGAAAGACACAAAAAAAGAUUUUUGCGAAUCUGAACUGGAAGUACGUGAGAAAAGAAAUAACAAAGGAAAAUACGGGACAAAUGAAAUGCUCGAGUCAGAUAAUCCGCCACCAGAGUAUAAGUCAGAUUACAUGGUGAUUGAUUUAGGCGAUGCUGAGGUGGGUACUAUCAGCGAAAGGAAUGUGGGAUCCAUAAUAAGUGGGGUUCAAAGACCUCACUCUUUGGAUACAGAAGAUGAUGAAGGAACUGAAAUGAAAAUUAUUGAACCGCGUAGACCUCAAUAUACAUCACGUACUACUUUCGAUAUAGCUCAAACUCCCGUGGAUACUACUAUAGAUUUUUCUCUUCGAGAACACAGUGGGAAACAAGAUAAAUCAAAAAUAUCUGUCAAUGGUACAGAGGUAACUGGAGCCCUCUCUUUUCAAACUUUUAAUAGUGUGAAAUGUGGUAUUGGUGGAACCUCGAACAGUUCUAGUGCUAGUCAGGGUAAAGUAGUUCCAAGUUUAUGCUCCAUGAUGUCUGCGUCCUUGCAAACCCAGAAUAUCACAAUGGAAGGUUCCAGGUAUACAGCACACACUACAGCAUCUGGAGAGAAGAAGUCCUUGGAUGAAAAUGGAAAUGCAGUGCAAAAUUACAACGGAGAACGCAAAAAACCUCGAAGAAAACAUACCCAAGAACCCAAUGUUAUUGUUUACAAAUCCGAGACUAUCGAAGGUCAUCGCAACGAAGAUAACAUUGAGAAUUUAAUUAACUUCAUCGAAAACAAAGAAUCUAAAAGUAAAAAAGGAAAACCGGGUAAUCCUGUGAGAGUAAAAACUAGUUCUGGAACGAAACCGAGGAGUAGAGAAAAAGAUACUAAAAAAGAACAGCUGCCUGCCAAGUUACAGAAGUCCAAUUCACUCGAAGAAAUAUCCAAGACCAAGUUGGAAGACCUAACAACAGAAAAAAGUGUCAGUUCUAGCGGUGCCAGUAGUUUGUCGAGUCAACAUGGUACAAUUAACGUUGCUUUACGUCGCGCGAAACAAAGAAGUACGGGGGACACAGCUAUCGAUAGUCGUGGUGAUAGACGAUCCUGGGGAACGGAAGAAGGUCAGUCUAUAUAUUGCAAUGAUACUGGAGAUGAUUAUGCUAGUCGACGAAACUCCAAUAAAAAAAUCAAUCCAGAGUCCGAACACGAAACAGAAUUUCUGGUAGUUACGAAAAAGAAAAAGAGUAAAAAGCAAAGAAGAAGUUCUAGCGGUAGCAGAGCACAAAAUCUGACAACAUCCGGGUCUUACCUCCAGAACUCGAGAGGAUUCUCUAACGAAUAUAGAACGCCUCUUUCUCCUGAACUUAGACGAAAAUCGGCAAGCAGUAUGCCGCCAAGCGACAAAUCGGAUAGCAGUGACUCGGACUCUGUCCAUUCGUUGCCGGUCACAUCGAACACGUCCAAACACAACUUAUCGAAAAUAGCUACCUCAUCGGGCGGAACGCCGCAGGCAAGUUACGCAGACAUAGCUCGCAUGGCGACUAUCAACAUGACACCCAGCGCGGUAUUAAAUAUGUCUUCGAUCGUUCCGAGUAUGCUGAACACAUCUACGUGGCCUAGUGUGCCACCGAAGACGCCCUCGGAACCAGACAAAGUUCCUCAGGAUUACUAUCCCAGUUUAGACGAAUUACAACACACAGACAGAAAAGCGAAGCAACACAACUUCACUCACACGAAUCACAUAUUGAACCUCAGUUUCGAUAAGCCACCUUCGCCGACAUUGUCGUCGAAGAUGAAGAAUUCAACGGAAAGGAAGAAGGCGGAAGCUCAAAAGGAAGCUAUCAAUAAAAAUAUCCAAGUUAUUAAAUACGUUCAAGACAUUGAGAAAAUGCAUCAAAGUUUAAUGCAGCAGGAACAAAAACACGCGAAUUCUAUUAAUCACAGCGCGAAUUCAAACGAGACUUCAGUGACGAAUCCCGCGCCAUCAAAGCUCUGUAAUACAGUGACAAAUUGUACUCUUGAUUCUGAUAAUAACAAUCCCAACUCCAGUGUCGUUAACAGUAAAGAUUCGGUUGCAAAUAUAAAGUGUAACAAUCCUCGAACACGUCGGGGAUACGUUCAAAGCAAUCAAAAUGUACAAAACGAAGUGUCGAACGAAGGUCAGCAUUUCAAGAAAACCGGAUAUUUAUCUCACGAUGAAAACACUAAAAAAUUGCCUAAUACAGAAGGUCCCACCGGCGCGGAUUCCGAAAAUAAAAAUAAUCCAGUAACAAGAUCGUGCGACGACAUCGAGGCACAAAAAGUCAACGUUCAGAGUAAUCCAAAGUUGCCGCAAGAAAAUCAAAAUGUCGAUUCGGAUGUUACUAAAUUAGUUAAGAGUGAGAAACCAGCGAAAACUGUGAAAGAACAAGACGCGAACUCUAAGCACGAGCUAGUUAAAUCGGGAAAUACGUAUUCUGUGAACGUGAAACAAGAUCCACAAGAAGAUAUCGAGUGUAAGAAACCGAAACAGCAAAGUACAGCUUCGGACAAAGAUCAGUCUCAAAAAACGGAGCUCCAGGCGUCUAACAAACAAAAAUCUUCAAGACCCGCAGUCAUAUUGUUAGAUGAGACUUCAUCUGACGUCACCAAGAACAAUGACUUACCGACAGAACUUAGGUUCGGUUUCGAGAUCAAUGAACAACUUUUAUUAUCCGAAGAUUCUGCCACCGAAGAGACUUCAACUGCCAGUUCUGUGUUUCCUUCUGUAGUUCCUUCGCUCAUAAACAAACCACCGUCGAAUUUCGACAGAUAUCCACCAAUAUUCGAAAAACACAUGAGAUGUGAUAAAUUUACGCCUAAUUUCAUGCAACCACCAAAUACUCAUGUGACCCAACAACCUAUGCACCCUGUGAUGGUGCAACGGUUACCAUGCAUGGGUUAUCCACCAAGAUUUCCUCCACCCACGUGUCUGCCGCCACCACCCACGCCACCACCAGGAAUCAUGGAAAAAUACCAUCAACCCAAAGAAGAUUUUUCUAUGCUCUACGUGGCUCCUGAGGAAGACGUUAACAUCCAAACAUACAAUCACGAUAAAAUCGUCUCGUUCGUCGGCUUGGCAUGGGACGCUGUUAUGAGGGAGAUGCCAGUUACCGCGAGUGGCCGUAUACAGUUCUACAGUGGUCAGUGAAACGGGCACUAAAAGGAUGGGGUAAAUAACACAACAAUGUUUUUGUAUCGCAAGAUUGCAUCUAUCACGAGUUAUCCGUUAUAAAAUACAAACAGCUAGAAGAGUCUGUUUACUAAUGCAAAACUGAAUGAGUAUCUGAACGCAAACGAAAUGGUCGAACUUUUAUUACCGAUCAUAAUAAAAACAAACUGUACUAAUUCUCGAGUCAAAUCAUCAGUGAUAAUUCUGUAGAGCCACGCGGCGUAAAGUGUACCUCUGAAGAUAAUGUAUAUAAAAUUCAAUCACCAGAAAAAGACGAAACUUAUUGUAUGUCCCAUUGUUGUACAUACUCUAAAAGUUACAAAUACCUUUGAAAAGGUCGUAACAACAUCAAAGUUUCAGUAUUGUCAUUCGAUACAAUAUUUGACUGAAUAUUACGAACUAGUAACACACGAAACGUAUUUCCCCUUCUUUGAAAAAACGAAAACAAAUUUUCUUGUAAAAAACAAAAAAAAAACGAAAAAAAUGCGAAAGUCGUAUAUCUGCAAAACGCCUCGUAUACAUUUUGGAAAAUGUUUUUCGAAUCGAUACGGAGGUAUGCAAUUUCGAAAAGAAAAAAAAUACAAAAACUAUCGAAGGAGGUUUAAAGUAACUUAAAAAAAAAAAAAAACAAAAAAAAACAAGAUUGCCAUGAAGCAGAUUUUUCAAGAACUGCAUGUGCUGUGACAGUGGUUUAUGCUGAUGCCUUUAAAAUAACAGAAUACACCUUAGACCAUUGUAAUAAAGUCUACGAAUAGUUGAAUGAAGCCUGUUACGUUAACUAUGCCAAAUUGAGAUCGUCCGUCAAAAAUAUUGCUAAACUAUUAAUAAACUUGAAAUGUUGCGAGCCGAGAUGAUCUUAAACGAUACCUUGAAAACAAGGAUUGUUGCAACAGUCAGUGAGUCUUCAUCGAAACUGUAAGAAGGUCAAAAUGAAAAUAGUGGUUGCUAGGUUAAACGUACUUUAUUCGAGACAGCAUAAAGAAACGUAAAGAAAGCUAUAAGGAUGUGCGAAGUGUAACAAAACAAAAAAAAAUGGUGAAUGUAAGUGUGACAUUGAACACGUGUAAAAUAUUAAAAAAAAAAAAAUAGUGUGAUUGACUUAUGACUUUAUGGAGUGGUUAUUUCUUCCAGCUGCGACAGAUAAUAGUUUAAGAGAUUUAAGGAACAAAAAAAAAAAGAAAGAAAGAA